UUCCUGACAAACCCUAGAAAAAAAAAAACUGAUGGAGCCCACCAGUGAGUUAUAAGGUCCAAUUAAUCUGUCUCUCCCUGCAGCACCCUCCAGACACUGAGGAAAGGGCACAAGACGUAAAGAAAGAAGCCUGUCGCUGAUAAAGAAGAGAGGAUAACUUAACGCAUCCGAAAAGGGACACUGCGGUGAUGGCUGAAGCACCUCAGCAGCAGCAGCAGCAGCAGGAGGAGGAGGAGGAAGAGGAGCAGCAGCUGCCAAGCUCUGUGGAGACCAGUGAAUCUGAUGAAGGCUCCGAGGAACCAAAUGAAGUCGUCAGAAAGGCUCGACCACUUCUGUCCAUGAGGUCCAUGAGCACCAUAGACCCAGAUGAUGACUACCCCAAUAUGAUCGUUUUCAGAAAGAUUGAAGAUAUCGUCACUCUGAUCCAGGACGAGACCGAAGGCGUGCCCAUCAGAACCGUCAAAAGUUUCAUGACCAAGAUCCCCAGUGUUGUUACAGGUGCAGAUAUAGUACAAUGGCUGAUGAAGAAUUUGUCCAUAGAGGAUCCAGCUGAGGCCAUGCACAUCGGGAGUCUGAUUGCAGCUCAGGGAUACUUUUUUCCCAUCUCUGAUCACGUCCUGUGCCUCAAAGAUGAUGGAACUUUAUACCGCUUCCAGGCGCCAUAUUUCUGGCCAUCCAACUGUUGGGAGCCUGAGAACACAGAUUAUGCCAUCUACCUGUGCAAGCGGACCAUGCAGAAUAAGACGAGGCUGGAGCUGGCAGAUUAUGAGGCAGAGAACUUGGCCAGACUACAGAGGGCUUUUGCAAGAAAGUGGGAGUUUAUCUACAUGCAGGCUGAGGCGCAGGUCAAGAUCGACAGAAAAAAGGAUAAAACUGAGAGGAAGAUCCUUGACAGCCAGGAGAGAGCCUUCUGGGACGUCCACAGACCAGUGCCUGGAUGUGUUAACACCACAGAAAUGGACAUAAGGAAAUGCAGACGCAUGAAGAAUCCUCAUCGAGUUAAGAAGUCAGUGUACGGUGUGGUGGAGGAGGGAACGCAGGCACAGAGUCCCAUACACACUUCGUUACACCACUGCCGAAAAGGGACGAAAGAGGAUGUAGAAAAAGAGAUCUUAUUUCUGAACACCCAGCUCGAUCGUCACUGUUUGAAAAUGUCCAAAGUUGCUGAAAGCCUGAUAACCUACACAGAGCAGUUCAUGGAGUAUGACCCGUUUGUAACCACACCAGAACCAUCUAAUCCUUGGACCAGUGAUGACCCCAGCCUGUGGGACCUGGAGAUGAGCAAAGAACCGAGUCAGCAGAGGGUGAAGAAGUGGGGUUUCUCCCUGGAGGAGGCUCUGAAGGAUCCGGCAGGACAGGAUCUGUUCCUCAAGUUCCUAGAAUCGGAGUUUAGCUCAGAAAACCUGAGGUUCUGGCUGGCAGUGCAGGGUCUGAAGAAGGUCCCCCAGCAGGAUGUUGUGCAGAGGGUGCAGGACAUCUGGGCCGAGUUUCUGGCAGAGGGCGCACCCAGCUCCAUCAACCUGGACUCGCAUAGCUAUGAAAUCACCAGCCAGAACCUGAAGGACCCUGGGCGGUACAGCUAUGAGGACGCCCAGGACCACAUUUAUAAACUGAUGAAAAGCGACAGCUAUCCACGUUUCCUCCGCUCCAAUGUCUACCAGGAUCUGCUAAUGGCAAGGAAGAAACCUGAAACGGAGCAGGGACGACGCACCUCCCUGGAGAAGUUCACUCGCAGUGUGGGAAAAUCGCUGACAGGAAAACGACUCACAGGCCUCAUGCAGUCAUCCUGACAAGGUCUGGAUUCGGAGUAGGAGGAAUCGUACCCAAAGCAGACGCUUACAGUUUAGAGCUUUAAGAACAGGACACUUGUGCGUGUAGCAUCGGGAGGCUAGUGAAGGUGCCAAACAAGCCUGGAACUGCUGAAAUGGAAACCCAACAUAUCUGGACGGCACCUCGGAUAAAGGGAAGAGGACCCAGCAGCAUGCAAUAAGUCACCAGAUCUGGCACAAAGGGAGGUGCUGUUAUGAUAUAUAGACGAUUUACAGCGACUCUGCUUUGGAGGUUUCUGUUCAGAAGCUUGUGUCGAACAAGACUCUGCGAUUUUUCUCUGACUACACUCAUUUUAUCAUGGUAGCUGAAGAGGUUAAUGCUUUACCUGUCUGUGAUAUUUACGUGGAAUGCUCAAAUGCUUUGACUGAUGUUGAAACGAGACUUAGAUUUUCGCUGUAGCUUGGUGUUUUAUCUCACUAGGAUAUAAAAAGGGAAAGUGGAAUGACGGGUUUACAGUAAUCAACACUUGAAAACGACGACCGGUAUAGUAGUGCAUCAACAUGCUACUAAACGCUGAAAAACUUUAGUGAUCGUUUCCUCGACUAUGGAACAAAAAGUAGAAAUUUCAAAAUGCGUCCUGCUCCUAAUUUAAGCAAAGGACACGCCAAUACUGGUUGCCAUUAUUUUAACGGUUUUAAGAAUCAUAAUUGCCUCCAUGUUGGUCGUAAAAAUGCAUUUUGUAAUAUACUUAGGGUGGACCCUUUUUUAACUAGCAGCUGUUGUUUUUACCCUCUGAUACCAAGUAGAGAGAUUCAUUAUAACAAAACUAAUUACCAGUUAUAUGAAGCAGUAUUUCUCCUUGAUGUCCAUCCCUUCCAUAUACUGUAUGCUGCUGCAGCAGCAUAUACAUGGCUGACUGUAAAGCAGGACCAGAUUAUGCACCGAGUUAAUCUGCAUACAGUUUCAGUCAGCAGUUUAAAUCUUCUCAUUCCCAUAAGUGACACAUUUCUGGCUUUUAAGGAUUUAUUUUUUCAAGGGAUGGAAUGAUGCAUCAAACGGUAAGUAUAUAUUUAAAAGACUCACGUUCGUAAAUUGAACUGGUUCUAUCUUUUUUUAAUCCACGCAGUAUCAAAAAUAUACAUGCAGGCUUACAUUAAGCAUACAGUCCCACCCAUGCUGUUGGUUUUAUGUCCAACAGCAAGUUUGUAAUGUCAGGCACAUUUCUGCCUGGAUAUUUGACUGCUCCUCAUGGCAGAGUUCAUUUGAAUUUGUUGGUUUCUGUGCACAGACUUAACUUUUAAGUAUAAUCCACAAACUAUCCCAAAAGGCACACCAAAACAGUUGUGAUGAGCAAACUUUGCAGACUCGGUGUACAGAUGUGCUGGGAAAUUAACCUGUUUCUAUGAGUUCUACCAAUUCUGGAAGUAGUGAUUAAAAAUCAGUCAGAGAUAUGACAGAAGCCUGUUGGUGGUGUAUGUAGAUGCUUAUUUGAGCCUAUAACUUUGAUUUUGUGUGGAUUAAAUCUCUUCCUAACCUGUGCAUCUAGUUCUUCACUGAAGUUGUGUCCUGUAAUCCUUCAGUCCUGAACAGUUCAAAUGACCAAUUAAAACCCAAAACAUUCCUCCUUAUGUUAAGUGAACUGGACACAGAGGUUUUAAUGGAUGAAAGUCAAAAGACUUUGCCUUUUUUUUCCCCUCUAGUGUUUUUAGACUUUUGACAACUUUUCCACCUACUCACCUUUCAUGGAGUAAAAUGUUUCCCAUACCAGUCGAUGCAGCGUGAACCCAGGCAGUGCAGUGAGGUCUUAAAUUAACAAAAAAUCAAAAAUUAAAUGCCCUAGUUAAGGGUUUAAGGUAUUUUGUAAUUUUCUUACACACCCAAAAGAAUAUUUUAUUGGCAUUAUUGAGGAAUCUUAAUUUUUCCAAUUAUCUGGCCUAGUUGAGCAGUGACUGACGACUCAUGGUUCAAACUGUCUGAAGGUUUCAUAGAAGCUGAGGAAUGAAAAUGCUUACCUACACCUUGAAAAGUUCUAUUCCUUGCAUAAUUAAACUUUGCACACUUUUAAUACAGAUGUGUACUAAAAGCCCAGUAUUGAAACCACACAUCUAUUCAUUCACAGGUGCAUCAGUGCUUACUUGUCAGUUUAAAAGCAUCCAGAAGCUCAAACAGCCGUGCUACUGUAAACCAGUUCUGUGGAUAGAUUGUAUGCUUUCUUCUGUCUUCUAAACAUUCCACUUCGAGCAGCCGCAGUGAAAAUCUGUGGGCUGAUGUCUUACCAUCUUUUCAUCCGAUGUAAAGAGGACCAUGAUAAUAAACAGGAAUGCACAA